CAAAGGUGACUUGGAGAGUCAAAGCCUGGGAUAUGUAUCAACUUCAUCACUUUGAGUCAUUUCAACAUAUUUUUAAUUGUCUUCUGCUGCUGAUGAUCCAAAAGGAUAUAUUUUGUUGUCCAUCAGUUUGCCAGCAGUGUAUAGGCAGACAAGUUGACUGCCGUAAUUCAAGUCUUUCUUUUAUUCCAAACAAUUUUCCACAGAAUACUUUAUUUCUGUACUUAAGUGGCAACAAUAUAUCACACAUAAAUCCAAAUACAUUGAUAAACCUCCAGCAGCUUAUUGUACUACACUUGGACAAUUCUGGCAUUUUAUGUUUAUAUCCAAAUAUAUUUGCUGAAUUGAAAAAAUUAUGCUAUCUACAGCUGAAUAAUAAUCAUAUAAAACAUUUGUAUCCUGGAACAUUUGAAGGACUUUCAAAUCUUCAUUCUUUAUAUCUUCAGAAUAAUGAAAUUGACUUUGUUUCUGAAGGAUUAUUUGGUAACCUCACUUCAGUUCAUUAUCUAAUGCUGCAAAACAAUCGCCUCAGGAUCCUUGGUAGCCGCAUUUUCUUUGGCAUGAUUGAUCUUCGAAUUCUUAACCUAGCAAACAAUAAGAUUUCACAAAUAUCAGACAGAGCAUUCCAGCACCUUGAUAAUCUUACAGGCUUGCACCUCGAAGGAAAUAAUUUAACAUGUGUGCCAUCUACUGCGUUUCUAGUACUGAGCAAACUUCAAAAACUUUCAUUGUCACGAAACCCUGUUGGGUCAAUUCCUCCUUUUGCAUUUAAAGGACUUAGCAAGCUUGAAUGUCUAUUUUUAAAAAGUGCUAAAAUAAACACUAUUAAUGCAAAUGGAUUUUCAGGGUUAGUUAAUCUUAAAAAACUAGUUUUGAGUGAUAAUAAUUUAGUAAACAUCAAUUCCCAUACUUUCUCAUUGUUGGAUCAUUUAAAGUUUUUGUAUCUUGAUAGAAACAAAAUAAUUGAUAUUGCAGGUAAUACUUUCGAAGGACUAGGAUCCACUUUGAAAAUACUUGAUCUAUCUUUCAAUAAUCUUACAUUUUUACAGCCUAUAGUGCUCAAGCCUUUGGUUUUUUUAACUCACUUACAGGCAAAUUACAAUCCUUGGGAUUGCAGCUGCAAAUUACACAGAUUGAUGAAUUGGCUAGCUUCUUCUUCUAUCUCCGUGAAACUCCUUUGCCAAAGUCCUUCCAGUCUGCAUGGAAGAUAUAUGAAUUAUGCUAGUUUGCAUUUGUUCAAAAAUUGUUUCAACAGUACAAGUCCUAAAAUUUUCAAGAACAGUAAAUCUGCAGGAAUCCAGCAAAGCUUUACUACUUCAUUAGUGGCACAGAAUAUAUACCUCACAAGUAAUUCAGUUAAAAAACAGUUGAACUUUAAUGCAAAUACAGUUACAUCAUUGGUAAAAGUAUCUUAUACAUCUACUUAUCAAAAUCUCAGUGAAGAAAAUUCUAGUAGGAAUUCAAAACAGGAACAAAUAGCAACACAGAAGAUAACUGCUAAUGUGACCAUGAAAGAAAAUAAAGUACUAUCUCCGGAAGCUGUUUCUGUAUCGUUUAAAACAUCCCUAAUUUGUACACAGCAAGUAGAGAAACUAAAGCAGGCUUUUGACAUUUUAUUAACCUUUUUCAUUUUGGCCUGUGCUGUGAUCUUCUUUUUGUUCUACAAAAUCAUUAAACUGAAACAGAAGUACAAUGUACAAAAGAACUCGGACAAUACAAUAGAAUACUAUGGCUUUUAUCAGGCUGGUAGUUACAAUGUUACCGUACCUCAGAACCCAAGAAGUUCUGAAUUGGAUCCUGCUGAACUUUCUAAAUCAACAGCCUUUGAAAACCAAGCACAGGUUAUCUUAUUUGAACAUUCAGCACUGUAAUACAUUCAUCACACUUUUUCUUUUUAUGUGUAUAAAAGGCAACACUAUGUGACUUUUAUAAAUGCAAGUUUAACUACUGAGGUUGGGGUCGGAGGUUGAAAUGCAGCUAAUAUUUUUAACAUUUACAUUUUGUUCUAAUUUUAAUAUCUGCAUUUUAUUGAUUUUAAGUAUAUUUUAGCUAUAAUUAUUCUAUUUUAAUUGACCUGCCUGUAGCAAUUAUAUAUCAUUAAUGUUAUUUUAUGUUUGGUAUUCUGCAUAAAUUUGAUGUUAUAUUAAAAAGAACAGGAUUUUUUUUUUAUUGAAAAUUUUUAAAAGUUUUUACAAAAAACGGAAAAGACAACAACAAAAAAAACAAAACAACCCUCACCCAAGUCCUCCCAAA